AUGGGGAAGCGAACGGCCCCAUCGCGCGGGACCCGUCAAGCUGGAAAAGGCGUGGGGUCCGAAGCCCCAGCAGAUGACUCUAUCGCAGAUAUCUACCGUGAUAUGCUCGUUGAGGCCCAUCCGACGAUAAAUCAACUACCAAACGAUGUUAGGGCCACGAAACGGCGGAGGGUCGGGGAGCGGUCGACCCCGGCUUCUGACCCUCAACCGGUACCACAGGACCCAGCGGUGGCCGUCGAACGAACCGUUGGCAAGGCUCCUCAAACCGUUUACGAUAUCGAUGCGUCGGAUGAGUCAGAAGUUGACGACUGGGAGGACGUUGAGCCGCCCUCCGUGCUCCCCAUACAGGAAUCGAGUCCGUCAGCUUCUGCCAACAGGCAGGAUGAUGUUGAGCUGCAAAUUACGCUUGAGAAGCCUGAAGUGAAGGACAAACAAAAAGCUUCUUCGCGUCGAAAACCUGUGUCCGGCGCUGAGAAAAGAUGCCGCCUGGAUAUUCAUAAACUUCACCUACUCUGUCUGCUCGGUCAUGUGCAGAUGCGAAAUUCAUGGUGCAACGAUAGUAAAGCACAGGGAAGUCUGAGGCGCUUGUUAUCCAAGCGCAUCAUUUUGCUGCUUCAUCCAAAGACGGAUAUGCCCCAAUUCAACCGUUCAACCACAUUUGCUGAUGGGCUAAAACAAGCUUCUGAUACGUUUCGCCGAAGAUUUAAACCCACUGCCCUCGGAAUGAGGAGGCCCUUUUGGCUUGAUAAUCUCGAUACAAUUCAGAGCUCAAUUACGAUCCCCGAUUCUACAGAGAUCUUGUUAUCCAAGGAGGAUUUUCGGAAACAUGCCAUAAGUAUGGAAGGGUCUCGUGACCUUGGGGCGCAGUUGUUUUGCACUAUGCUUCGUGCCGUGGGCGUGGACACUCGGCUUGUCUGUUCUCUUCAGCCUCUGCCUUUUAGCGGAGUGGCGAAAGGAGAAGCGCCUAUGAAGUCUGCCAGGGAAUACAUAAUUUUACCGGACGAUAAUGAAAGGGCUUCGAGCGAGACAAGUGGCAAUAGUGCCCUUGAUACACCCAAGGCAAAAGAUACGCCUCCACAGAGAAUGCGCAGGUUCGGGCAGCCGCGAUUUUCACCUGGCCCGUCGAAAAGUCCGAAGCCAAAGUCUGCACCAGUAUACUCACCGGUUGCUUCCGAAUCAUUAUAUCCUAUCUUUUGGGUUGAAGCUUUCAACGAAGCAAUGCAGAAAUGGGUGGUCGUGGAUCCCAUUGUGACGAAUACCCUCGGGAAGCCGGCCCGAUUCGAGCCACCUGCUAGCGACCGCUAUAACAAUAUGAGUUAUGUUCUUGCUUUCGAAGAUGACGGCUCAGCUCGCGAUGUGACAAAACGUUACGUCAAAUCCUUCAAUGCAAAGACCCGGAAAGCUAGAGUUGAGUCUACCAAAAACGGUGAAAGCUGGUGGGAGCGUACAAUGCAAUCUUUAGAAAAGCCGUUUUUGGAUGAUCGCGACCAGUUAGAAAUCGGCGAACUCACCGCGAAGGCUGCGGCUGAGGGUAUGCCUCGAAAUGUCCAAGACUUUAAGAACCAUCCGAUAUACGCUCUGGAAAGGCAUCUCCGUCGCAAUGAAGUGAUCCACCCCAAGAGAGAAAUUGGUAAAGUUGGAUUAAGCAGAUGUAUAAAGGCUAGUGAACAGCCGCUGAAAAGGGUCCCAACGUCGAAUAAUAAGGUAAAACUCGACACAAACAACGAUGAUGAUGCCGAGACAACUCAAGAAACGCCGAUGUACGCGGUUUUUCAAACAGAAAUAUACAAACCGUCUCCCAUCGUGGAAAAUCGCGUCCCGAAAAAUGUGUAUGGAAACAUUGAUGUUUAUGUUCCGAGUAUGGUACCAGAAGGGGGAUUUCAUUUGAAACACAACGAUGCCGCCAGAGCCGCGAAGAUUUUAGGCAUCGAUUUCGCGGAUGCCGUGACCGGAUUUCGAUUUCAAGGUAGACAUGGGACUGCGGUGAUUGAAGGAAUUGUCGCCUCAGUACAAUAUCGUGAAGCUAUUCUCGCUAUCAUCAGCGGCUUAGAGGACGAACGCAUGCAAGCUGAGCAAGAUCGCAGGACAAUGGCGGCCUUGCAAAUGUGGAGACAGCUACUGCUAAAGCUGAGGAUUGCCGAACGCGUGCAAAGCUACGCGUUUGAGGGAGAAAAUGACGAGACGACAAGACAUGAAAAUGAUCUAUCGGAAUCUGACGUUGAGGAAACUGGUGGUGGCUUUUUUCCUGAAGUGGAUAAUGAAGCUGGCGAACCGUCCACUGCGGUAGACCAAGAGUCAUCUGUACGGAACUCAACAAUUGGCGAUGCUGUCAAUGACACGAGUCGCCUCCAUCAGCCUCGAGAUAGCGGGUUCAUUGCCCCGGAACUUUCUUCAACAGCAAUCUCGACUUCCUGUGGUACAAGUAGCAUGAUACCACGAGCCGGAUUUCCUCGCACAGCCUCUCAAUCUCAGUACAGACUUGUGGUAGUGCCCGCUGGAACACUGCCUCUCUCUGGCUCACUAUCCAAUCCGGUACCAGCACCAGCAGCACAACAAUGUCAAGUCCAAGAGGAUCCCCAGAUAAGCGCCUCCAGCCCCGUAAAUGAACUGCCUCUACACUCAAUGCGAGACACUUCCGGUAUCAGCCGGUCUGCCAGUGCGGAAGAGUUAGCGGCUUUACCAGACCUGGUUCAUAAUGAUUCGGAUAGUGAGAUAGACGAUCAAAAUUCCAUGAUCUCCCAUGACCCGGAAGACGAGGACGCCGAGCCGGAAUGGUUGCUCUCCGAUUAA